UACAUUUACAAAAUUAUUAACUUGUUUAAUAAUUAUUUUAGUUAGCUAAAAAAGUUAAAUUCUCCAAUAAGAUUCAGCCCAUACCUCUACUAAAACAAGAUGCUGAAGUACCAACGGGUACUGUUGUUACCGCUGCGGGUUGGGGUCUAAAUGAGAAUGGCACAUAUUUGGAUUAUCUACUGGAAGCAUCCAUGAAAAUCAUAGGUCGACAAACCUGCAAUAACCUUUUUAAUGAGGAUGAUACUUAUAAUGGAUUAGUUACAGACCGAAUGAUAUGCGCGGGAGAUAUAGAAGAAAAAAAAUCUGCAUGCUACGGUGAUUCGGGAGGACCUCUAGUACACAACGGUACAUUAAUUGGGGUUGUAUCCUGGGGAGAAGGAGACUGUAGGAAAUAUGUUUCAGCUUACGCCGAUGUCGGGUAUUUCUCAACAUGGAUUAAAGAAAAAGGUGGCCUCUAAUGCUGAUCGAAGUAUUAUCUUUUCUUAUAAAUUCAUUAUUAAUAUCAGUUUUUUGUUUUAUUUAAAUAAUUUUAAAACUAAUAUGUAACAGUGAAUUAAACUUAAAUUUUAAAAUAUACAAAUAAACACUACAGCA